AUGGCUGCCAAACUGGGAGACGAUAAACUCGCACGCGAGAAUUCCAAUUCACCCUCCGCCGUACAGAUUCCCAUUUACAAUGAUGUAGAGCGAGACGAGUCGCCCGACCUAUCCUUUGCCGCAAUCAUCAAAGGCACCGCCGCAAAUCCGCUCAAUACGUUUGAGAAAAAGGCUGCGCUGAUUAAUGCCGAGCUGGACAAGUUUGGACUCGGAAAAUAUCAGAUAUGCAUCUGGUUUCUCUGUGGUUUUGGCUAUUUCCUCGACCUGGCGUGGGCGCAGGGCGUGGGCUUAAUUGCCUCGGCCGUCUACCAGGAGAUGAAUGUCGCUGACAAGGAUACCGGAACCAUCUUUGCGUGCGCCAAUGCCGGUCUAGCUAUCGGCGCGCUUGGCUUUGGAUUGAUGGUCGAUAUCAUCGGUAGGAAGUGGGCCUUCAACCUGACCUGUUUGAUUACCUCGAUAUUUGGGCUUCUUUUGGCUGCUCCCAAGUUCAACUAUGCUGCUAUCUGUGGCAUCUACUUUCUCGCAUCGCUUGGUCUCGGGGGCAAUAUUCCAAUCGACGCAACCAUCGCCCUCGAGUUUCUCCCUCAAAGCCGUCGCUUCCUCGUCUCGCUUCUGUCUAUGUGGCAACCGAUUGGUGUUGUUAUAGCAUCCGCUAUCGCGUACGGCACUGCCGCUAAAUGGCGCUGCGACGUUGAUCUACCUUCCUGCAAAGCCGUUGGCCCAGGAGAAGCAUGUUGCACCGUCAAGAGCAACAUGGGCUGGCGAUACGAAGUGAUUGUACUCGGCUUCAUGACCCUGACGGUUUUCUUCCUACGAUUUUUCGUCUUCCGAUUCUACGAAUCACCGAAGUUUCUACUCAGUAGGGGUAGAGAGGCUGAAGCUAUCGAGGUUCUCCAUAAGAUUGCGAAGUUCAAUAAGGCGCCGCCUCCCACGUUGACUCUUGAAAUGUUCGACGCAAUCGAUGAGCUGGAUUCGCAAACCGGUAGUGCGAAUAUGGGCGCAGCUGGUCCACAGUCAACUGCCGCAACCACGAAGACUGUUGUCAUGUCAUUUGGUAGAGAGGUUGCUCGCUUGAAAGGAAUUUUUACCAACAAGCUGUCAUGCUUCAUCUUCGUACUACUAGCCAUUGCGUAUAUGGGCGACUACUGGUCCUUCAACCUCGCAGGUGCAUUUCUGCCAAUUAUUUUGUUACGGAACAAUGUCGACAACGGUCGGGGAUCCGUUUCCGACACGUACCAGCAAUACAUCAUCAUCUACACUCCCGGCAUUCUCGGCGCGGUCUUAGCCUUGGUCUCCGUGCAAAUGCCGCUCGUGGGGCGGAAAUGGUCGCUUGUGCUCUCCGCCGUCUGUCAGGGUUUCUCCAUGGCCAUGUAUACCCAGGUCAAGACUACUCCAGGCUACGUAGGCCUGAACGCUCUCGAGUACAUCAUGCAGACUUACUUCAAUGCUGUUCUCUACGCAUCUGCACCCGAACUCUUCGACACAAGCUACCGUGGUAGUGUUAGCGGUAUGUUAUCCUGCACGGGUCGUCUGGCUGGUAUUGUCGCGCCCUACGCUGGAGCGCAGUUCCUGGCCGCCAAGAGCUCUGGAAUUCUGUGGCUUGGGGCUGGUGGUAUCUGGCUAUCUGCCCUUGUGAUGGUAUUCCUACCUGUUGAGAUGAGAAACAGGCAGAUGUUUUAA